AUGGAGCAGCGUAUUCAACAGUUUCACGAUGACACAAAGACGAUCCCAAAACCACCUACAGCAAAAACUAUUAAACAAAUGAAUACACUCAAGAAGUUUAUAUUUAAAAAUCAAGAUUACAGAUUUUCUGACAAGGAAAAAAAUAAAUUAUUUGCUUGUAUAGAGGCUUAUUUUACUGCCUUUGAUCGAAGUGGGCUAACAGAUAAAGUCUCGGCCUUCCCAUUGAUUGAAGAUGCAUUGAAAGUACCUUGUUUCACAACCAAACAAAAAAGCCAACUUUUAAAAUGGUACGAUGAGAUUCUAGCUAAACAAGAGGAUGGUGAGCCAACAAGUAAAAAGGAAGAGCAAUUGAACAGUGAUGAAGAAAAUUAUGAUGAUUUUGACUGGGAUGCAUUUGAGAAAGAAACAGACUAA